AUGUCAGCAGCAGCGACGGCUAGGAAGCCUCCGGGCACCGGCCGUGAUGCGGCAGGCUCGCCCACACCGGCGUCCCCUGCGCGCGCUCCCGCUCGCACCUCUACGCCGUCCUCUCCUGGAGCGGCUGCUGGUGUCGCUCGGACUCGGUCUUUGCGCGGUGGAACGCCGGUCACGUCGCGCACCGCUCGCGCAUCUCCUCUCAGUAACGGAACCAACGGGAGGAGUUCACCUGGCCCGGGCGGCAACCCCGCUGAAGACGAAGCCGCGCGUGCUGAGACACUCAGCCUGAUUGACGACCUCAAAGAGAGGCUGAGUAAGGCCGAAACUUCUGCAGAAACGACGCAGAGGCAGGCAGAGGUUCUGCAGAGCAAGUUGGACGAGGCGAUGGCCGAGCAAGCACGCCUGGAAGAGAGGCUGCAUGAGCAAGAAGAACAGAUUGAGGCCUUGAGUAACGAAAAGCGCGAGUCAACAAGACGCAUCCAUGAAAUGGAGAGUAUCUACGAGGCCGAAAGAAGUGCAAUGGCCAAGGAAAAAGAAGAGAUGGGUAAUCGUGAAGAGGAGAUGCAGGCCGUCAUCCAGAGGCUAAAGGACAGCCUGGCCCAGAGGAAUGCGAAUGGGGCGGAAGAUGAAUCAAGGCCGUCAAGGCAAGCAACACAUUCACCUGGUGUUGAUGGCAGUUUCGCUCCGCCAAGCUCUCUUCAACGCAGCGAUUCUCGCAACAGCUCAAAGCUUGUGCUGCAGAAGGACAAGCUCAUCGAGUCGCUACGCCUUGAGCUCGCAGAGGCUCAGAUCAAGCUUGUCGAGUCGGAGAACCAAGGAGGCGGGCGGCUUCAGGAGGUUGAACGUCUGCUUAUGGAGACGCGCAUGGCCAACGCCCGUCUUCUAGAGGACAACGAGAGCUACCAGCUGUUACUGCAGGAGAGGACACUUAAGGGAGACUUUGGUCGCAGUAUCGGCAGCGGUGGCGCCUCAGAUGCUCUCGCUGCGCUUGAAGGACGCACAGGCUCAAGUCACGAGAACACGGGCGGCUCGAGUCUGGCAGACGAGCUGUCCGAGGCCAGUAACAGCGACGAGGCCUAUCGUCGCCUGGAGGUUGAACUUCGCUCGGCCAGAGACGAAAACAAGGCGCUCACGCUGUACAUCAACAAAAUUAUCGAGCGGCUGCUCCAGCGCGCCGACUUUGAAUCCAUCCUUAACCAGGAUGGAGACACCCCCGACUUCAAGCCGGCAAACACCAACAAAGAGCUCCCAGCUCCGCCAUCAUCGGGACCGACGCUGUUGCAGCGUGCCAAGUCCAUCGCGAUGGGCAAGCCUGGAGAAGCCCCUGCGCCUGGCAAACCUCGACCGCGUCCCAUGUCCUUUAUGCCCAGCAACACCCAACCUUCGUCGGCCCAUGCGAACCCCGAAACGGCGCCCUCGAUUCCCAUCGGGCUGACGCGGAAUACAUCUGUGCGCCGCGGUGGUAGGCCCAUGUCGGAGCAGUUUACCUCCGGAGCUGCCAGCGUCGUAAACCAGAUGUAUCGCGGCGGUGAUGGCGGUCCUCUCUCGCCCACAUUACGCGGAAGCCAGACAUUCUUCCACUCUGGUACUCCAUCUGCAGGCACCCGUACACCGUCCGGCAGCAGAGCCAGCGUGCCCAUGUCAUCAUCGGGCAACUUCCCCGGCAUGCGAAGCGAAACGUCGUCCACCAGCGGCGAAAGCAUCCACCAGCACGCAGACACCAUGUCGCUCACGAGCAACAGCCCACCGCGCUCCGGUGGCGGUGCGGGCGCAACUUUCGGCGGCAACAAGCCCCGGCCACUUAGGCUCGUGCAAGAAAACCCCGAUAUCAGUACCAGCCAGCAAAACAAGCGAGCUAGCUGGAUAGGCUGGGCAUUUGGCAAGAAGGAAGACAAUGCACCGUCCCUGGCUGGAGAGACGGUCAAGGAAUGA